GCUAACAGGCCCAAUUGUUAUGUAAUGCCAUGUGGUAUCCAUAUGGUACCCUUUGGGUCAGUACCACGUCCAGCACUGUCCAGCGUUACUACCGGUUCAUCAGUGACUAUAGUGCCAGUGGUUGAGGUUGGGCCGGGUUAAAAUGCUCAUAACAAAUCCGUCCUUCUUUGUCCAAUGAGGAUGUGAAUAGACGCGAUACGAGUGACUACGAGGAGAGGACAGUAUAAUCAUAACGCGAUAGAAAUAGAGGGAUAUCGUAGGCUUUUUCAUAGCAUUCAAUUUCCAUAUCGAGAAAAGUGUAGAGAAAGGGGCAUACAGGGUUUUCAGCAGAUGGGAAGGAGACGCUCAAACAGGGACAAAUUGUACCCUAUCUCGGGAUGGCCGACAACACCACCACCAUCCACGGGGACAAGAGCGAUGAUAGUAGUUACACGGCGUCACCGCAAUCGCCUCCUUUGCUCACCGAUUUUGAAAUUCAAUGCAAACAAGAACCAUGCUCUAAUCUACAUAAUUCGAUCGACGAGGACUCACUGGCAUCUGACGAAGCCUCAUCAUUUUCUAUUCCAAUAUCUAUACCUACGAUAAAGAAUCCAAUUGUUUUGUUAGAAAGAUGUGAUAAAAUUUGGAAAACAUUACAAUUGAUAAAGGUUAUACAAACUGACAAACCAAUCAAUGAUGAUACUCAAGAAAAUAAAGAGGAAGAAAUACAAUGUUCGGAAAAGUUUAUAGAAAAACAACCUAAAUCACGCAUCAUGAAUCAACCUACAUUAAGAAGUCAUAAUACGGUACCUUUCAAAUUUUCUGUUCUGAAAACAAGAAAAUUAUAUCCUUGCAGUAUAUGUGGUAAGCAAUACCUGGAAAGACGAUCUUUAAGAAAGCAUUCAGACAGAGUACAUGGGAUUACUCUUCCAUUACUCAUCAACCGUAAGCGUGUCAAAAAUACUUCACAAUUGCCUAAGAAAGAUAUCGAUAAAGUCAAUCCAGUUACUUUGCUUAAUAAGGAAAGUAAUGAUUUUGAAAAUCUUAAUAAUGAUAAAAAUCCACAUGCAAAGACAAAGGUUGUCGAUACUAAAACUCCAGCAUUGAGGAAGUUUGUCAAAUGCACAUUGUGUCAACAGAAAGUAACAUCUAUAAGAAAACAUUUAAUUCAUUAUCAUAAAAUUGGUGGUUCUUCAAGUAUGGUGGAACAACUGGAAUCUUCAUUAUUAAUUGAAAAUGCAGCAUCCAAAGAUGAGAAAAUUACAUUAGAAAAUGUAUCCUCCAAAAAAUCUCCACAACCUAAAAUGAAUACGCAAGGUGGAUUUCGCAUAAUGGAUAAUGAAGCCGAUACUCAUAAAAAAUCUCAAGUUAGGAAAAAACGAAAAUAUACAUUAUCUUAUAACACUGCUAAAAAAAGAUUCAAGUUGAACAACGAGCGUUAUAUAAUUAAUCGGCAUGGGCCUGCAGUAACACAGAAACAAAUAUCUUUAAAUCAUACCAAUCAGACAUACCAAUGCGAUAUUUGUUUGGGAGUAUAUGCAUCUCCUCGUGGUUUGUACAAACAUAGACGCAAUCAUAUUUUUCGUGGAGAAACUAAAGAAAAUAUCCAUAAUGUCAAAUGUAGAUAUCAUAAUUCACCUUUCAAUCAGAAAUAUAAAUUAUUACAGUCUUCCAUAAUGUCAACUGUGAGAAAUACAAGCAAUAGCAUGAAUAAUGUACAAUUAAAUAAUGAGACAUUUAAUCAAAAUGACAAAAUUUCCAAGAUUAAUCAAGCAAUCCGAUACAAUGGAGAAAUUGGCAAGAACAAUGAAACCAUUUGUUUAUGUGGAAGAUCAUUUCGAAAUCCUCAUACUUUAUUUACUCAUAAAAAAAUCUGUGAGUUAUAUAAACAGGAAGAUACACUGUCGCAGCAUACAAAUGUCAGUAAUGAUUCUGGAAUUGGUAUUAACAUAACAAUAAAAAAACUAAAUGAUUCUUAUAAAAUUGUUGGAAAAGAUAAUAUUGAGGAUAAAUUUCAAGAGUCUGAAAUCCAUUUUAAAGAAAAUAAUUUAUCUAAUACAUCUGAUCACACUACCAAAGAGUCUGUUAAUUUAUGUAUUAACAAACAAAAAGAAUCAGAUAAUUCUAAAUCUAAUUAUAGUAAAGAUCACAGCUUUUUAAAGUUACAAGUCGCAGAUGAAGACGUAAUCAUUGAUAUCGAAGAUGAUGUACAAAUUAAAUUUGAUAAAAAUAAUACAUCAGAGCAAAUAGUUACAUGGCAAGAUGAUAAAAGGUCAAAUAGGCAGAAUGGUGUAAAAAAUUUGAAAAAUUAUAAACAAGUUUCUGAUCAAAUCUGUACAUUGAGACAAAUGUGUAAAAAUGUUCUAGACGUUUUUGCACAUAAAUCUAAGAAUGCAGUAGAAAAUGAAAGUCAAAAAAAUAGCCAGGUUGAAGAUAGCCAGAUUAAAAAUCAGGAAAUACAUCAAGAAAAUAAGAGAAAAUUACGAUCUUCAAAUAAACGACGUCAAAAUGAAGAGAAAGUUGAAGAGAAGUUUGAUGAUGAUGAUUUGAAUGAUGGAAUACAGAAUUAUAUGACAAAUCCAUUAUCAGUAUGUGGGUAUUGUAACAAACACUUCGAAACAAUUAAUUCAUACAAUAAUCAUCAAUGUACUGUUAAAGAGGGGAGACCAUUUGAUGAAUUUUCACUAGAGUUAUUGUGUUUCUAUUGUGAGGAUGUAUUAAAUAGUUUCAAUGAAUAUGAUAAACAUAUGAGAGUCAAACAUUUUGAUAAGGCGUAUCAUUGUUACUUAUGUAUCAAACGAUUUUCAAAUCCUAAAGCGCGAUUACAACAUAUUAAUUUAGAGCAUAAGAAUAUGCCUUGCAGGUUUUGUAACGAAAAACUUUCUAUUAAAGUUAAAGCCUUACACGAAGGUUAUCAUUUAGGUUUUGGUUAUCCCUGUCAUAAAUGUAAAAAGGCUUAUACAAAUGGAAAGAAUCUUUCUUAUCAUAAUUAUAAAUCCAGAUUACAUCCAAAGACUGAUAAUUUAGUAACUUGUAGCAUAUGUUUAAAACCUAUAAAAAUUCGCAACUUUCGCACUCAUAUGUCUACACAUAAACUUAACGCCUGUUAUUUUUGCGGUAAAGUGUUUUCUAAUAAGACAGGAAUAGAAUUCCACACCAUGAUACAUCAUGGUACACAAUCUAAAUUAAAAUGUAAUGUCUGUGGUACGCGUUUCUUUACUAAAAAGCAGCUUGAGAAACAUGCAAAGAUCGAUGGAUGUAAUAGUGGCAUACAAGAAGUAAAAACUAGAAAUUUUACAGCAACACAUCAUUAAUAAUAUUUUUGUUUAAGAAAGUACAUAAACAGAAAACAAGUUAAUGAGAAUUAAUAUUAGACAUAAUUAAAAAUCUUUUGUAUUGCGAAUUAUUUAUAAUUUAAAGUACAUACAUGCAGGUAAUUUUGAUGCGGAUAUUUUUUAUAUUAUAAUUAGGUUUGC